GCGUGCACACAUUUACUAGGAUGACACUGCUGAAAGGUUUACUAUUCUUUGGGCUCUUCACUACGAUCAUUCUCGCAGCGAGAGACUGCACGGACACCUCUCCGGAUCAUGUCCAGUUGGAGUGCGUAAUCGCUCCGCGAGGCGGCAGGUGCCACAAGGACAGUGCUGGCGAGCGGCAGAUCAACGUAUGCAGCGACAGAGCUGCGUGUGGCGCCUGGGCUGGAAUAGCUCUCAUCGUAAGCUGCGAGGACAGCGAGGACGGGACACCGCUCCGUCUCUAUCACGAAGGCUCGACGCAGGGUCUUCCAAACGUAACGUGGACGUUUGCCGACGCUUCAACCGCCGAGGGCCUGUAUGAGUGCAAGCACAGCAACGGGAGCCUAUUCGCAAACCGCUCCGUCGUUUUUGACGAGGGCGUGUACGUGAUCCCUGGUGGAUCAUCUUCCUACGAGCAGUCAUGUAGACGUGUCCCAGACUACGGUGAAGACUACAACUGCAAUGUACCUCGGAGAGGUUCGAAGUGGUAUUUUGCAGGUGGACCCCACACCCUAUACUUCAAUAUUCUUGGAACACGUCCGGUUGCGAUUGAGGUGGAAGUUCUGUGGGUGAACCACUAUCCUGUCGACCUGCAUCUCUCAUAUGACACUGAAGCCAGUGGUUCAGGAACACUGCAUAAUGUUACCCUGAAUUCAAUGAAUAUUGUGCACAUCGGAGGAGUCAAUCCAGUGGAAGCUUAUCUAGCUAUCACAGCAGUACACAAUGGCAAUCAAUCUUCAACCAUGUGUGUACCACACCAUUUCUUUGGAGGUUCGAAGCUGUUCCCGAAUGAAACUCUCCCAAGAGACAUUACUGUAGUGGAAGGGGAUUUUGCAGAGUUUGCUUGUGAGGCUGGUACAGGAUAUGAGGCCAGUGACAAUGAAUCUGCCACAAUUUCCUUACUCGUCCAGCUUCCUCAGUCACCUGACUUUACCGAGUGCUUCAACUGCCGUGUCUCAGCAACGGAGCUGUCCUCCUGCACUAAAAUGGAGCGCUGUUUCAACAUACAGUUUUCAAGUUCCUCAUUUGGAGAGACUACACCAUUUACUCACACUCUAACGGCCCAUUGGAGUAAAGUGAAAGAGGAAUUUGAUGGGUAUAGAGUGUCAUGUGCCCUCGCUGUGAAUGGAGUGACUCAGUGGAAGAAAUCAGCUACACUCACAGUGGAGCCAGCACCUCCACCUGCAACCACACCUCGAAUCACUCCUAUUAAUCCUCGUGGUACGCCAUUUGUAAACCAACUCCCAAACAUACGAUCUGGCGAAGGAGAAAGUGGUGGGCUCAGUGUUGGUGCUGUUGCAGGCAUUAGUGCGGGAGCUGUGUUAAUAGUUGCUGGUCUAGCUGUGGCUCUUAUUCUUGCUCUGCUGCUGGGUCGUCGAAGUAGACAGGGCAAGCCCAGGAGGCUACCUAUUACCAAUGAUGAUGACAGUGAGAAAGCUGAGAAGCUCUACAUAAAUUCUUCAACAAUUAACUAAAUUAGUAAAUUAAUCCCUGUGUAUCACUUUUUCCAUUAUACUACCCAUUAUUGUGCGC